AUGGACGCGCUUCCUGUCGACCACUUUGUAAAAGCCCAGCAGUUCGUGCCUACUGUGCACCGCGAUGUAUAUUCUGCCAUCGAUCCUACACAAGCUUCACUCUCGCAGAAAGGAAGAGUGGUUAUCAUCACUGGCGCCAGCCAAGGUCUAGGAGCUCAAGCUUUCGUACCAUCCUUCGCUGCUGCUGGUGCAAAGGCUAUCGUGCUCGUUGCGCGAAGCGCUCACAAGCUAGAAGAGGUUGCCAAGUUCAUUGCUGGAUCUCAUCCGGAAGUGGAGACUCUUCCAGUCCCGACCGACAUCGCUGAUCCAGUGUCAGUAGCAGCGCUCUUUGAAACAGUCGUGAACAGAUAUGGACACGCCGAUGUUCUUAUCAAUAAUGCGGGUAUUUUCAAAGCCAUCGGCCCAGUUGAGAAUGUCGACCAGACAGCUUGGUGGGACGAAAUGACACUCAACAUCCGCGGCACCUUUUUGAUGACGCAAUCUUUUCUCAAACAACUCCCGAACCCGUCCACACCUGCGAAAAUCAUAACCCUCACCACCGGCGCAGCCUACGAAGUUUUCCCCAACCUCAGCGCCUAUGGCAUUUCCAAGCUCGCCGUUCUCGAACUGAUGACGUAUGUCGCAGCCGAAAAUCCGAAUGUACUUGCCGUUGCCCUCCAUCCUGGAGUCGUUGAUACGGAGAUGACCCUGGAUUCGUUCAAGAGAUUCGCCUUAGAUACGCCGGAGCUAGUAGGUGGGAUCACUGUGUGGCUUGCUGGCUGGCAGGGCGUGACUAGAACUUUUCUGAAUGGGAGGUUUGUCAGUGCGAACUGGGAUGUUGAGGAAUUAGUGCAGAGACGCGACGAGAUUGAGAAGGAGGGAUUGUUGAAAAUGGAUCUCAAGGGUACGCUGGGUGCUGCGCAGUUCGAGAAGUAG